UUCAUUGAUUAUAAGUGAAUUAUGAGUGAUUAUGUAAGAAGAUAUCACAAGAAACAUAGUCAACUGAAAAUGUCUCUUUCUUGAAACGAAAUUAUAUUUGAAAUAUUUCUUUUUCCACACCAAGGUGGAUAUAUGUUCCACACAGUUGGUAACAUGUACUCUGCCGAUAAGGUAGAUUUCACACGAUUUCCGGAAAUUUGACUUUUGACAUGAAUGGAAGGACCUCUAUCGACACAUUUUUACUAGUCUUUUAGUUGUUUGUCAAAAUGGGUAUCAGCCGUGACCACUGGCAUAAACGAAGGGCCACAGGAGGUAAAAGGAAGCCUCUGCGUAAGAAGAGGAAGUUCGAAUUAGGUCGUCCUGCAGCCAACACAAAGCUUGGACCCAGAAGGAUCCAUUAUGUUCGAACCAGAGGCGGUAAUCUGAAAUACCGUGCCCUAAGGAUAGACACAGGAAAUUUUGCAUGGGGUAGUGAAGGAACCGCACGCAAGUCCCGUAUUAUCGAUGUUGUGUACAAUGCUAGCAACAAUGAGUUAGUUCGUACCAAGACCUUGGUAAAGAAUGCUAUUGUUGUUGUAGAUGCUACUCCAUUCAGACAAUGGUAUGAAAACCAUUAUGUUCUACCUUUGGGGAGAAAGAAGGGAGCUAAAUUGACUGCUGAAGAAGAAGCACUGAUUAACAAGAAACGUAGUAAGAAAGUGCAAAAGAAGUAUGAUACUAGACAAAAGACCUCUAAAGUAGAACCUGCCCUUGAAGAACAAUUCCAAACAGGAAGGUUGUUGGCUUGCUUGGCAUCUAGACCUGGACAAUGUGGUAGGGCAGAUGGUUAUAUCCUAGAAGGAAAAGAGCUUGAAUUCUAUAUCCGUAAGAUAAAAUCCAAGAAAGCCAAGUAAAAUGUUAAUAGGUGGAUAAUUAAAUUUUUUCACCAAUGUUGA